CCGCCAGUAGAUAUCGCGACAGAUCUCAAUUCCCAGCCGUGAGAAUACUUAAAACCAACAAAUCCGAGUUGACGGGGUUUGUACUUCCAACCGCUAUCGCUCCUACCAUCACCAACUCAGCUUGGCAGCAGCAGCAGCAGCAAGAAUUGAUUACUUACAUAGAGAAUUCUGAAGCAAUUGCAUAAUGUCGAAGGCAGCUACUCUGUCGAUUACCUCGAAAUGGCCUGAAGUCACUGUCGUGUCGCAGACGCCGCAGUUGAUUGCGUUGUUCACGAUUAUUAGAGAUGUCAACACCAAGCGUGGCGACUUUGUGUUCUACAGUGACCGAAUUAUUCGGAUAUUGGUCGAAGAAGGUCUCAAUCAUCUUCCAGUCAAGGACAUCGAGGUCCCUACUCCUACCGACGUGACUUACGACGGCCUCCAAUUCGAGGGCAAAAUCUGCGGCGUGUCGAUCAUGCGCGCAGGCGAGGCAAUGGAGCAAGGUCUUCGCGACUGCUGCCGCUCUGUGCGCAUCGGUAAGAUUUUAAUCCAGCGCGACGAGGAGACCGCCGAGCCUAAGCUGUUUUACGAGAAGUUGCCUGCCGAUAUCAAGGAUCGAUACGUCCUUCUGCUCGACCCCAUGCUCGCAACCGGCGGCUCGGCCAUCACCGCCGUCGAGGUUCUUAUCAGCAAAGGCGUCCCCGCCGAGCGCAUCUUGUUCCUCAACCUCAUCUCUACGCCUGAAGGAAUCGAGACUUUUGUCAAGGCUUGUCCUGGUGUUAAGAUUAUCACUGGGUUUAUCGACAAGUGUCUCAAUGAGAAGAAAUUUGUGUCCCCCGGAUUAGGCGAUUUCGGUGAUAGAUAUUACUGCAUCUAAGCUCGACGCAGUUCAGUUUUGUAAUUUUCAUUAUCAAUCUUGUAUAAUUCAUAAAUUUCUCGA